UUUUACAGAUAUCAGUAUAAUCUCAGCUUGGUGUCUGAAAAAGAUGGCGUGUUCUUCCAAUUUGACGCUCCAAAAGGAAGUUUCCCAAGUCUUGAAUUCUCUUCGAAUGGGUUCUAUUAUUGGCGGUUGUGAAGACGGUCUUAUAUACGCACUUUAUAAUGAAUUUUGUUAUGGUUAUGAAAGUGACGAUGGUUGUGUCUCUACUCAGUUGCCUGAGUGCCAAAAGGAUGGAGAUAAAUUUGACCAAAAGAGUGGAGACUUUAUUGAUAGAUCUUAUUCUAACUGUUAUGAUAAUGCAAGCAUUAGUCUUGGUGAUUGUAUGCAGAAGUGCUGGGAGGACUGUAGUUGUGUUGGCUUCACCACCAGCAGCGCUGAAACAGGCUGCAUAAUUUGGAGCGGAAAUGGAGAGUUUCAAGUCUAUGAGAGUGGUAUCCCAGUGAAAAAAUAUGUUCUGGUUUCAUCGAAAUCAUCUAAAAGAAAACAAAAAACUUGGAUAUGGAUAGUGAUUAUUGUAGCUGUUGUUAUCCCUUUGCUUAUAUCUGGUUUCAUCUUCUACAUUAUAAUGAGAAGACGCAAACUACAAGAUGAGAAAGAAAAGGAGGAAGAGUAUAUACGCAAGUUGAAAGCGUCAGACAGCUUCAACAACACAAAUUUGAGAGAAGAAGAUGGAGGGGAAGUACAUAAUUUGAAGAUAUAUAGCUUUGGAUUCAUAUUGGCAGCCACAAACAACUUCUCGAGUGAAAACAAGCUCGAAGAGGGUGGUUUUGGACCUGUUUAUAAGGGAAAAUUUCCAGAUGAGAGAGAGGUUGCAGUCAAGAGACUUUCAAGGACAUCAGGUCAAGGGCUUGUGGAGUUCAAGAAUGAGCUUAUACUAAUUGCCAAAGUUCAGCACACAAAUCUAGUUCGAGUUAUAGGAUGUUGUAUUCAUGGAGAUGAAAAAAUGUUGACAUAUGAAUCCUGAAAGAAGGAAGCUACUAGAUUGGCAGAAACGUUUUGACAUUAUUGAAGGAAUUGCUCAAGGAUUGCUCUAUCUUCACAAAUACUCAAGAAUGAGAGUGAUACAUAGGGAUCUUAAAGCUAGUAAUGUGCUGUUGGAUGAAAACAUGAAUCCCAAGAUAGCUGAUUUUGGUUUGGCAAGAAUUUUCAAACAGAACGAGACGGAGGCAGUGACUCGCAGGGUUGUAGGAACAUAGUGAGUUGAGCUUGUGUUAUUUCUUGAUAUCAACUCACAAAACAUGUAGAAUAUUCAUACUGGUUGAGUAGGAAAUUUCAGUCUUUACACAGUAGCUACAUGGCUCCCGAGUUCGCCAUUGAAGGAGCAUUCUCAAUCAAGUCUGAUGUCUUCAGUUUUGGAGUCUUAAUGCUUGAAAUUGUGAGUGGUCAUAGAACUACUAGCUUAAAACAAUUUGAUCGCACACUCAACUUAUUAGGUUAUGCGUGGGAACUAUGGAAGGAAGGGUGUGCAUUGGAAUUGAAGGAUCCAACUCUUGGAGAUCUGUGUGACACUACACUGUUAUUACGAGUUAUUCAUGUCGGACUAUUAUGUGUACAAGAAGGUGCAACAGAUAGGCCAACAAUGUCUGAUGUUAUCUCAAUGCUUGGUAAUGAAGGUAUGUUAUCUCAAUGCUUGGUAAUGAAGGUAUGGCAAUGCCUCGUGCGAAACAACCAGCAUUUUUCACAGGAAGAAAUGAAGCUGAAUCAAAUUCAUCUGGAACCUGUAUACGGUAGAAAUCGGGACUACUCGAUUUAUAGGCUCGAGAGGUCGUCCAAAGCCCGAUUCCGGGUAAGGUCGAGUUCUAGCUCGAGGGACUAGAUCCGAGUUCGAAGACAGAAUGCAAUGCCCGGAGAUAGGAGUACGAGGAAUACCGAAGCCGAGUAUGUUCGACCUCGAAAUAGUACCGUUAUGGAUUUGUAACAGAAUGAGCUAGAUUCCUACCACGUCCCCAAGAUCAUGGCGCAAAUCCCGGAAUAAGAUCGUACGAUUCCGUACUAGGCGGUUAGACAGUUGUAUCAAGAAUAUUCCUUGCUGUAAAUAGAAAGAUACCUUAUUUAGGGUUCCUCUAUUAUAUAAAGGGGACCCCAAUCAUUUUGUAAUAUCAUCUAAUCAUUGAG